UGUAUAAAAUAAACACGGAAGUCAAAAACAAAUCGAAUCACAGGCGACAGCAAUCACUGAAAAACAUACAAAACACAACUUCUAUUCGCUUCACCUAAAUCAGGCAGAGGUCAACAUUUGCCUAGACAACCGCGGUAGCAACUUACUUAUAGUGAACAGUCUUAAAUCCAACCGCCAUGGUGCAAGUAACACAAACAGAAGAUGACAUUAAAAUCAUAAUCGAAUUGAACCGCCUCAUUGUACGCAAGCCGGAUGUGGUGCUCCUGCCGCAAUAUAUCAAAUUCAAUAAUCCGCCAAUAUUUUUCGAACGCCACUUGGUUCACGAAAUCGAUGAAUUAUCCAGUUUUUGCCGCAUUUUCAAGAAUGAAGCGCGUAUUGUGCUCGUCAAGAAGCAGAAAUGCAUCUGGCCAGAAGUAUUUCAGAAGCUUUCCAAAGAGGAAUUGAAGCAAAAGCGUUUAGAGAUUGCCGACUUAAUUGUGGAGCGUAAUAAAGAGCGUGAUAAGCAAGUUGUAGAGCGGUUUGAGCAAAAGCGUCGCACCGAAAUCGACAAAGAGGUGAAACGUGAGACGGCAAUGAGAGAGCGGGUCAAACAAUUUCAGGAGAAUGCGCGUCGUGAAGCGCUGAUGGUAGGUGUUCGCAAGGAGACACAUGCUAAAUCACCGACAACAUCUCAUAUCUCAACACCAGUGCCACCACCGCCGAUGGCAAUAAACAACACCAAUGUAACGGGCCAACGUAUCGGCACGCCAGUGGUGCGGCCCUGGGCGAGCAUGCGAAGCGGUGGUAAAAUCAAUGUGAGCUUUUCCAAGUUUUCGUGGAGCACACCGAAGCGAGAGUCACAGGAGGGUGUACCGCGGCCAUUCACCAUGCACGACAUGAAUAGCGGUAGUGGCGGCGGUGAGGUGCCGCAGGAGAGUCAGGAGCAUUGCGUUAUGAAUGAUUUGAAUGCAACAGAUUGAAGGUGGUAAUUCAAUUUGCUAAUGAGUAGAUGGAAUGAAUUUUGCUCUUGUGUUUGUGAAAGGAGGGGGAAAUUUGUUACGAGCCCGAUGUAUGUGAUUUUAUAAUAAAUGAGCUCUAAUUGAUUAAA